ACCGAGAAGAGAUUGGAGAAAAACAGACGACAAAUAAAGAAAGAAGAAAGAAGAAAGAAGAAAGAAGAAGAAGAAAGACGCGAGCUUAUGUAGCUGAAUCCCGUGAAUGUUGUUCUUACAGUGGAACACAGAUCUGCUCCACCACUCAACUUGUGCGGAAUAAUGGUUAAUUUGCCUUCUCACCUCCUAAUCUUCCUCUUCUUUUACUACUUUCUCCACCCCGUUUCCUCAUUCACGCUUCCAACCCUCUCCAACAACCCCAAUUUCGAUCCCCACGUUGCCCUCAUCGGAGACGCCGCGGUCGUCCACGCCGACGCCGACGCCGACGAUUCUUUCGUCAAGUUAACCCGCCCCGUCGCAUCCAGCUUCGGCCUUGUACUCAACGCUAAACCCUUGAGGCUUCAUGAUUCGUCGUCGUUUUCUACCCAAUUCGCGUUCUGGGUCUCGCCGGACAACGGGGAUGGCCUCGUUCUUUCGCUCUUCCCCGGAAGCUUUGAGCUCUCCCGGGAAAAGUGGAUUCAUGCCAUCGAAUUUGUCUCCGCCAAUGUGAGUAAUUUGAGUGGAGGGUAUCUGAAGACGGAGAGGGGGGUUCUCGUUCCGACCAUUGGGGGAAAAUUGACAUCGUGGGUCGAUUUCGAUUCGAGCUCCAAAAUGGUAGAAAUCAGGUUGAGUAAAUUUGGGGAUUCGCGGCCUUACGAUCCCUCAUUUGCGUACCCAAUUGAUCUGGCGAGUAAAUGCGAGGGGGAGGAAGUAUUUGUGGGAUUAAGCUCGUGGAAUAGCAAGCCAUCUCAGUGGAGCAGAGUUUUCUCGUGGCGGUUCGGUCUCAGAAAUAUCCCCAAGGGGAUGCAUUCGCUGCCGGUGGAUCCACAGCGGCGUUCUGAGAAACAGGGCGAGGAGUUGCAGAAGAAUCAUCUUCUGCCUCUUACGAUAUUUGCUGGGCUGAUCUUCGCAACCGGUUGUGGGGCGUUAAUGGCGUUUGUGGUGCUGUUCAUGUGGGUAAUUGCGGCCAAUAGAAACGCCAUCUUUGCGGCGGAGCCCCAAUCUGUGGAUUUCCAGUACCAAAAGGUUAGUGUAGUGGUUGUAGAGGAGGGAUUGAAAGAUGUCAGCACGAGAGGAUGAAGGAAGGUUGUGGAGAUUAAUUCAGUUCAUGGAAGGUGCCAGCAGUUAAAAAUGUGUUUAAGAAUCAGACAACGAGGUUUAGGAUUUGGCUGUGUGUUCUUGUUUUGGACAAAAUUUCGUUGCAAUCUUAUGUUUGUCAUCCAUAUUUUUUCUGUGCCUGUUGUUGGGCCUUUUUGCUUGCUUCUUAUGAUGAAGAUGAACCUAAAUCCUCAAAAUUGAUCUGUGCUUUAUGAUAUUUUGGUCAAAUUGAGGGUGUUCUACUUCUUUAAACGGUUUAAUUUGUGCUUUAGUUAAUACUAUAGCCAUUCAAUCUGCUGCAGCCUACAGGAUUAUACAA